UGUUGUCGAAUUUGUUGGUGUCAAAUGGUGUCGCGAUUAUUUUGAUUACUGUUUUUAAUGUUUUAUUUAAAUAAUUAGCUCAAUAACAUGUCACAACAGCUAGAAUUAUUAACAGAAAGCCCUUCACAAUGGACAGCUGUGUCAUUAUUAACGCCAGAAAUUCAAAAGAAGGAAAUAAAACCUUUUGUUAUUUUGGCUCUAAAAGAGUUAGAAGGUAACCCAGACAGUAGGACCUCUAGUUUGAUGAACACGGACAAGUUUGCAGCUGUGAGGGCGGUGGUGCGACACUUCUCUAGGCUGCGGUCCGCUACUAAAGAACCAUGGAGUGCUGAGGAUGUUCAGGUGUUCCUGGAAGGAUUGAGGUUCUCACCAGACUGUGUAUCCGAACUCACAGCAUUACUGUGUACAGAUAAAAUGUAUGAGAAUGUUCCGACACACCUCCGAGUGAAGCCAGGCCUGGUCAGCAUCAGCUGGAAGAUAGACAUCUCACUAUGCCAAUCGACAAUAUCAACCGAAAAGCCAUCUUCACAACGAACAAAAGAAAUAAUUCACCGAGAUACCCAUGUCAUAUUAAUUCUGCAUCUAACUGAUGGACAGACAAAUAUAUAUCGUCUAUCAUAUGAUAAAUUCCAUGAACUCAGGUAUACUAUAGCCAGUGCAUUGAAGAGUAUGAUCGUCCUAGAGAGAAGAAAAUGCAUGAGGAAGGAAUGACAUAAAUUUUCAUGGGGGUGACUCAAGGUAAGUCAGGACGGAUAAGUCAGGCACAACAAUUCUAGACUCCAUGCCACUAGAAGUGCUUUGCUCAAUCCGAGAAACGAACUUGAGGUCACUUAGUGCCUUUUCACUCGUGCCGGUUGCCGGGUAAUCGGCGCCGAUUGUCCGGUAUCACAUUUAGCUUUCACAUGAACGUAUUUUUCUAUUUUCAGUAGCGCCUUUGCUAUCGACGCGAGUACAGUCGCUUAGUGUUUGUAUCUGGGCAACAAAGCGUCGGUUUACGUGCCUUGAUACACGUUACCUUGCCGGGUAACUGGUAUCUAUAUUUUCUGAAGGGUAUAAACUGAGUGUCUUCAAGGCCCGAGUGAAUAGGUUGGUUAUGGGACGACGUGCUCCAUCGUAGACCGCAUCAUCGCUUACCACCAGGCGAGAUAGUGGUCAAAUAUAAAAAAAUGGAUACCCGGCAGCGCAAUGUAUAGCCAUGUACUGUAUCUUUCACACGUACUGACUAAGUCACUUAUGGGGCCAGUAGAAUACCAGCGCAAGGCCCUGUCUUGCACAUGCUGAACUGGGGCUUACUCUUGAAUCCAAU